CGCGGUAGCUACGCUCAGUCCAGCAAUUUGGUUUGCCUAAACAGGAGGCAGAGAAGGCGGACCGGCAAAGCAGGACGAGGAUUUGGCUGCUUUUAUUAGUGAUACCCAAAAUAAAGAAUUAGCAGAAUGAAGCGCAAAUGCAUAUGUGAAAUCUGCACGUGUGGGCGUCACCGGUGCCCCCAUCAACCCACUGGACUUUACGAGAAGAACAACCAGCCGUGCACCAUAAGUGAAUACACAGAGAAGUACCCCGAGUACAAGGGGACUCUCCCUCCAAGGACCCUGAAACCCAAGCAGGAGUACCAGGCCAACAAAGGAAGAAUGGACGGAGUGACCACAUUUAAAUCUGAUUAUAUUCCUUAUGAAGUCACACGUAGACCUAUCCAGUUGCAAGACGAGUACAGGCCCGGCUCGGGUAACAUAGACCUCGACACGACCUACAAGAUGGACUUCAAUCCACACAAGGUGCAGCCGUUUAUAGCCACCAGGCCCAAAGAGAGAAGACACGUGGCUGAUGGCAAACUGGAAGGACUACCGACGUACAAAGAUGAUUACAGGCCAUGGGAGGUCUCUAAACGAGAUUUGGUCAAGCCAGAUCACGCCUAUCAGCCAUCCUCAUCGAAAUUUGGCAACUCCACUACAUUCCAAGAUGACUUUGCCCCCAAGGGUCUCGUUCCCAGAGAAACCUUCAAGCCGCAGAACAUCGCCAGGGUCGCUGACGCUCCCUUUGACGGCGUCACUAGCCACCGACUUUCUUAUAUUCCUCAUCAAUUAGAACCCAAGUUUAUCAUACCCAAAGAAGAGUACAAACCAAAUGAUAACCCUUUUGAAGAUCUGACCAUUCAUCGUCGGGAUUUCAGAGGUCUUCCCGGGGAGCUGUCGAAAAGUUUCAAGCCAGAAUAUACUAAAGUGACCUCUGACACCCGGUUCAGUGGAAGCACCGAGUUUCGCGAUCGAUUUCAGCAAUGGCCAGUCUCUUUACCUCAGGUGCGCAAGAUGGCGGAGUACGUGGUCCCACCAGGUCAUAUGGACAUGAAUACCACCUCCCACCUCGAUUUUACCGAGCAUAAGGUGCAACCCUUUGCAGCAAUUCGACCCCUGACCCGGGAGAGGCGGAGCAGCGCCCCCUUCCAGGGAAACACUACGAUGAAAGAAGACUUCAAAGCCUGGGAAGCGCGCAGGAGAGAGGUGCUCAAAAAUCAGGAGGAAAUUCAAAAGCCAGUGGGAAAGUUUGACGACAUGACAACCUUCAAAGCCCAUUACAUCCCUCAUGAGAUCAAUGUGUCAAAAACGUUCAAGCCUCAAAACCUGGUCCUGAAGAGCUCCGCCCCAUUUUACGACGGCACCCUCUACCGCACCGAGUUUACCCCCAAGAAAGUUGACGUGUGCCCGGCGAGUUUUCAAAGCCCACCUGGUUACAUGUUCCACGAAUCGGACAAUCGUGGACACAAAUACUUCCACAAGCUCUCGUCGCCUACUGGGAGCAAGUUGACAAACGGCGCUCUGGUUAGCGAGGUGGCGGUCAUGUGAUCAACGUCAUUUACUCUUAAUUAGCCAACGAAUGGAACAAUCAAUUAGUUAUGCUUAGUUACCUUGCUAGAACGUUCUCUCCCAGUACGCUGUAGCCCAGUUUAAUGUUCAAGCACUUAUUGAGAUGAUAGUUAACUACCUGAUUCUUCAUGCAAAAGCUCAAAUGAUAGUCUUACUAUUUAAAACUUUCAACUGUUUCUCGCUAGUGUUUCAUUGCACACUGUCGUUUAUUUAUGAAUGGUAAAACAGAAAAGAGACUUUGAUUUCAGCAUCUGACGAAAAAUUGCAAUUUAUUCUCAGUGAUCGAAAAAUUACUUGUACUAAAUGAAUAAAGUACUGUAUGUAUAUAUCAAAUAAAAAAUGAUUACACUUUGA